AUUUGGUCCCAUAAAUUCCAAAUAACAGCAUUGAGUACUUGUCUAGGAAAAUCCUAUUCAUUGUUUUCUCUAUGAAUGAAUGAAUGAACUAAAAAAAAAAUUCUAAACCCUAACAAGAUUUUCAUCGGUUAUGGCUAUGGAAGAAUCGGCAAUUGCCGUUGAUUUACUCACCGAUUCAUCGGCUACAUCUCUACCGUCUGAUCACACAGACUCUUGUUCUUCACCUUCUGAUCUCCCUUCCCCCACGGCCACCAGACUUAACGCCUUGGCGCCGGCAUUCGUUCCGCGGUCGAUUUCUCCUACGCCAUCUUUGAACGAUUUGAAUCAGGCUGAUUUUCAUCCGCUUCCGAACCAUUAUGUAUAUGCUCCUCAGUUGCAGGUUCAGUAUCCAUCACCGUAUUAUGGCGGUGGUGGUGGUGGUGUAGCUGAUGUAGAUCAUGCUAGUGCUAGUAAACGUGGAGGGUUAACUGAUGAAGCUGCGCAAAAGAUUGUUAAUCAAGUGGAGUUCUAUUUCAGUGAUUUAAAUUUGGCAACAACUGAUCAUUUAAUAAAGCAUAUGCUCAAGGAUCAGGAAGGUUAUGUACCAAUAUCUGUAGUUGCGUUGUUCAAGAAGAUUAAAGCUCUUAUACGUAAUCAUGCACAGCUUGCUCAAGUUCUGCGGAGCUCUACAAAGCUGGUUGUUAGUGAGGAUGGAAUGAAGGUUAAACGCAAAAUUCCUUUGGCCGAAACCGACUUAAAAGAACUGCAAUCUCGAAUUGUGAUUGCUGAAAAUUUGCCUGAGGAUCAUUGCCAUCAGAAUCUCAUGAAGAUUUUCUCAGCAGUUGGAAGCGUUAAAAUGAUACGCACCUGCUUACCUCAGUCUUCCAAUGGUGGGGCAUCUUCAGGAUCUAGAACAGCAAAGUCAGAUAGUACUCUUCACAGCAACAAGUUACACGCAUUUGUGGAAUACGAAACCGCCGAAUUGGCUGAGAGGGCGGCUGUAGAGUUAAAUGAUGAUAACUGGAGAAAUGCUCUGGAAGUCCGAUUACUUCUUAGAAGCUCAGAAAAAUCUGGUCAAGCUCAAGGGAAAAAAGCUGGUCAUGAUAGUGAAAACUUCAAGGGGGAUGAUGGUUCUGCAUUAGAGGUCAACGAGAAGCUUAAUGAAGAGUCACGCCACCAUAUUGAUGCUAAAUCCAAUGAGCUUGCAGGACUGGUUUAUACAAGAUUUAUUCUGUGGUCGGUGCUUUCAUUUUUAUUUUACAUCUACAGGAGGAGCAUGGCAGUGAUGGGCAGAGGCGUGGGCGUGGUCAGGGUCGGGGUCGGGGUAAGGGACAGGGUCAGAGACGUGGACGUCCGCAGUCUCAUCAAAACAAUCGUGGAGGUCAUUUAGGAGCUCCCUUAUCAAACGUGAAUCGUGGAAGUAAUGUGCGAAAUUCCCUCUCAAAUAUCAUCCGUGUUGGUGUAGGGAAGCCUGUUCUUGAGCAGUCAGCAGCAGCCAAGCAAUCUUCUGUACCUCGUAUGCCAGAUGGUACUAAGGGAUUCUCCAUGGGCCGAGGCAAAUCGACGCCUAUUAUAACUAUGUGAUAACUUCCUACUUCACUGAAAUUGGUGUGAAUGAGAGGGGAUAUAUCUUGUUCGCAUGAUGAAAUACGCUAUGGUUGAUUUGGCCGUUUGAGUCGUAUAGGUUCAAUCUAUCUUGUGUUUUUUACUAAAUCAAAUGAACCUUGUAUGAAAGAAGCACCAGAGAUGUUUGGAUGUAAAAAUGCAAACAGUACAGGAUUAACAAAAGCUUAUAUAGAAAAAAGUUGAGAAUUAUACAA